AUGGCUGAAGAAGAAGGACACAAUGAUAGGGAAAUGGUAAAUCCCAAUAGGACACUUAGAGAAUAUUUGCAUCCUAUUAGGACCACCACUGCAUCAUGCAUCAUUACACCUUUGAAUGCUCAUAAUUUCAGUUCUAAGCCUGGAAUGAUACCAUUAUUGCCUCAUUUUCAUGGGAUGGACUCUGAAAAUCCCUACUUGCACCUCAAGGAGUUUGAGGAAGCGAUUGAGUUGAAGAAAGUGCAUGAAAUUCAGGGCAUUCCAAAACAAGGAAAAUGUAACAUUUGUGAGGAUAUUAGCCAUGUAACAUCUGAAUGUCCUAAUAUUCCAGUUUUUAAAGAAGUUUUGUGUGAUGCUUCUCAUCCUGUUAACAUGAUUUCUAAGCCUUUUCCUGCACCAUAUUCUAACACUUAUAAUACAGGUUGGAGAAAUCAUCCUAAUUUUAGCUGGAGAAAUGAUCAUCCCACAAAUUUAGCACAUUCGGGAGCUGGUGCACCUCAAUAUUCAGUUCAUACCCAGCAAAAUGCACUAAUUCCAGUCCCUAGAAGACCCAUGGAUGACCCAUUUCAACAAAUGGCUUCUACUCUUCAGCAGUUCAUGCAAAGUCAAACCACCAUAAAUAACCAAACUUCUCAAGCCAUCAAUGACAUAAGGAAUAAUUUGACUAAGCUGAACACAACCUUGAGUGCGAAAGAGAAAGGAAAAUUCCCGUCUCAACCCCAACCAAAUCCUCAAUCCAAAAUUGCUGCCAUAGAGUCUUCAUCUUCUUCAGAAGCAAAUGUCAAGACUUGCAAGGCCGUAAUAACUCUCUGUAGUGGCAAAGAAGUUGAAACAUUAGGUAAUGAAGUUGGCAAGAAAGUUGAAAGUUCCAUUUCUAAUGCACAAGGUAAAAAUUCUAAUGUUGAUGUUUUUUUGGAACCAAAGGUAACUCCUCCGGCACCCUUUCCUCAAAGAUUGGUUCCUUUACAUAAAGAUAAACAUCAUACUGAGAUUUUAGACAUUUUUAGACAAGUGCGCAUUAACAUUCCUCUUCUUGAUGCCAUUGAGCAAAUCUCCACAUAUGCCAAAUUUUUGAAAGAUUUGUGUACGGUUAAAAGAAGAAUUAAUGUGCAAAAGAAGGCAUUUCUCACGGAACAAGUUAGCGCCAUUAUCCAAUCCAAUACUCCUCCUAAGUAUAAAGAUCCGAGUUCUCCAACAAUAGCUUGUGUUAUAGGAAGCACUACUAGACUUAGGUUCUAG